AUGACUUUCUACAGCAAAGACUUAACUCUUACAUUAACGUCAACUCCUCGCAAGAAGUAUUCUGAUAAGACUCAACUGAAGUUUGGUUCUCUCUUUACUGACCACAUGCUUCAAGUGUCUUGGUCCAAACUUAAUGGCUGGUCUCAUCCCGAGAUAGUUCCCUAUCACAACUUAUCCAUUGACCCAGCAGCUUCAUGUUUUCAUUACGGUACGGAGUGUUUUGAAGGGAUGAAAGUUUUUUCGACUUCCGAAGGGGUCUUCAACCUCUUUCGACCCAAUUUGAACCUCGAGCGCUUACUUCGGACGUCCACCCGUCUUGGUUUACCGACCUUUGAUCCCGACGAGUUCUUAUCAUGUGUUGAGCAGUUGAUAUUAGUCGAUAAAGAGUGGAUGCCUGAAGGUAAAGGAUAUUCUUUAUAUAUUCGUCCAUGUUUCAUAUCGACAUAUCCACACGUCGGAGUAUCAGCUCCCGAGAACGCUUUGUUAUAUGUCAUUUUAAGUCCAGUAGGGCCUUAUUUCAAAGGGGGAUUCAAAGCAAUCAAAUUGGAAACGUCCGGCAAAUACAUUCGAGCGUGGCCGGGUGGAAUGGGAAGCUACAAAUUCUCGGGGAACUAUGCGCCGGGUAUCGUUCCACAGAUCGAAGCACAACAGAACGGAUUCGACCAAAUCUUGUGGCUUCACAACAAUUGUUGCACAGAAGUCGGAACGAUGAACUUCUUUGUUGUUUGGGUGAAUAAAAACAAUGAAACGGAGAUCGUCACCGCACCACUCGACGACAAAAUUCUGCCCGGCGUGACACGGACAUCCGUCAUAGAAAUUGCAAAGAAACUUGGGUAUAAAGUAAACGAGAGGGAAUACACUAUCGAUGAAGUCUUUCAAGCAAGUAAAGAAAAUCGAUUAUUAGAAGCUUUUGGGACAGGGACCGCUUGUGUUAUUACUCCAGUCAAAGCUAUCAAUCACCUUGGAAAAGAAAUUGAUAUCCCACUCGAUAAAAAUGAUACAAAAGUACAAAUGGGGCCGAUAGCGUUGAGGUUAUACAACGCAUUGACUGACAUCCAGUACGGUAUUGUUAAAUCAGAGUGGACUGUAGAGGUUAAGUAA